AUGGUGAAAGAUAGGCCAAACAUCACUGCUGCUGCUGCCAUUGCUGGCAUCGAUCCAUCUACUGGCGCCAUCACGAAAAGCGUCAGAGAAAUCAACAGUGUAAUGGCAAAUCAUGGACGCACCAAGUAUGAGAUCCGCAAGUCGAAUUUCCAACAAGAUCUUUACUCUACCAAGGAAGAUGUGGUAGCUGCCUUUGAAGAUCUUGAUGAUAAGAAGUAUCCAGGCUUCAUGAAUUCAGCACAGAUUGUCCCUAGCAAGUUUUUUGUGAGCUUCUGUUCACCUGAAAUGCUUCAGCGUAAUCUCCCUUUCGCAGAUCAACCGAUCAUAACAGAUGUCACUUUCAAGGCUGUCCCAAAGGGCUAUUAUCUAUGCUCAAGUGUCAUCUGUAUCGAGCAACUCCGGAAGCAUGUCGUCUUUUAUCAAGCGAUAAUCAAAAGCAACACUACACAUGUUUUCAAAGAAUACUGUGUUGCUUUGUUUAGAAAAUUUGUUGUCAAAUUGGAGAAGUUUUUGGGAGUCAUUAUGGACUUUUCAGCUGCCCAACGCGAAGGUUUCAUACUAGCCCUCAGGGAUAACUUUGGUGUCAAGUAG